AUGUCGCCCGCCAAGACCAAAAAGCCAAAGAAGCCUAACCAAGGCAACAAACCUCACCGAACCAAGGCACCUACACACGACACUUCAGAAUCGGAGUCCGAGGAAACUCCUGUCUUCUUCUUUAUGCCCCAAGAAAAUUUCAGGUACUGUCAGUUCUGCCAAUGGUACCCGUCAACAUUCACCGUCUCGAAGCCGCAAAUGUCACAGCUGGUGGGGCGAGCUGUAGAUGAGAACGACCCUUUUGGCAGCGUCACAUUCACCUGCGCCGAACAGUACAUGAUGUACUGCAAGGCGGCCCGUUUCGGCGACACCGAACGGCAGGCGCAAAUUAUGUGCGAGAAGAACCCGAAGACACAAAAGGCUUUGGGGAAAGAGAUAGUCGGGUUCACGGAUACGAGCUGGGAUGAAGUCAAGAGUGCGGUUGUCGAAGCGGGCAAUGUGGCCAAGUUUGGGCAAAACCCACAGCUGAAGAAAGUCCUGAUGGGGACUGGCAAUCGUGUUCUUGCUGAGGCGUCACCAAAAGACCGCAUUUGGGGCAUCGGGUUCAACGAGAAACAGGCGAUGGUGAAUCAGAGAAAUUGGGGAGAGAAUCGCCUUGGCAAGGCACUAAUGGCCACGAGAGAGCAGCUGAGAAAUGAAGAUGCGGAGGAAUGGAAGGUAGAGGGUAACACAGCCGAACCCUCAGGGAGCCAGUCACAUGAGCCCGGGGAAGGGGAAGGACAGAGUGCAAAGGCAUCCAUUCCAAUUGCGAUACCUUGGAAGGCCACAUGA